AUGAUUCGUACGGUCUUGGUGACUGGUGCCGCUCAAGGAAUAGGACGUGCAAUUGCUAUUCGUCUUGCUAAAGAUGGUUUCAAUGUUGCUGUUAAUGAUAUAGAAGCUAAUUCCUCUAAACUUCAAAAAUCUCAGCAAGAAAUCGAACAAAUUGGUCAAAAAUCAAUCUCUAUAAUUGCUGAUGUUUCUAUAAAUGAAUCAGUCGAAAAAAUGAUGCAAGAAGUUGCACAAAAAUUAGGAAGUUUAGAUGUAUUAGUCGCAAAUGCAGGAAUUGGUGAUUCGAAAUUGCUCUUAGAUACAACUGUAGAAGAUUGGGAUAGAGUUUUUGCAGUAAACAUGCGUGGUGUAUUUCUUUGUUACAAAGAAGCAGCUAAAAUCAUGAUUAAACAAAGUACAGGAGGAAAAAUCAUUGGUGCUUGCAGUAAUGCUGGAUAUAGACCAACUCCAACGAUCGGUGCUUAUUCUGCUACAAAAUGGAGUGUACGAGGUUUAACACAAGCUGCUGCUAUAGAAUGGGCUCCAUAUAAUAUUACAGUCAAUACUUAUUGUCCAGGUAUCACGAUGACAUCGCUUGGUGAGACACUUCUUGAAGGAUUGGCAAAUUUUCAUGGGAAGACAAAAGAUGAUGUUACUGAAGAUUUUGUCAAAGCUACUCCACUUGGUCGCAUAGGAGAUCCAGAUGAUGUCGCAAACUUAGCAAAAAAUACUACACCUAAUUCACAUACAGAUUCAACGAGUGAUAAUAAUAUAAUAACAUGGAUUAUUGUUGGUAACAUUCAAUCAGGAUGUUGUCGUGUUGGUGAUCGAUGUUUAAUUAUGCCUAAUCGAACAUUUGUUGAAGUUACCAACAUUUAUGAUGAUCUAAUUCCACUGCUGCGACUAUAUUUGACCAGAGAUAUUGCUGUUGCUAAAGUUCAAUUAAAACAAUUAUUAAAAUUAAUUGAUCAUGAAACAGGUGAAAUAACUGAAGAAUAUCCGAGAUUUAUCAAACAAGGUCAAGCAGCAAUAGCAAGAUUGAAAUUAUCACAAUGUAGACAAGUUGUUUGUAUGGAAACAUUCAAAGAUUAUCCUUAA